AUGUCUACUCUUCUUUUUUCUUUUCGCUUUCUACAUUUCCUUCUCUUUUAUCCUUUACUUUUUCCUUCUCUUCACCUUCUCUCUUUCUUCUUCAUUUCUGAUAUUUCUUCUUUUCUUUUUUGCCCUUUUUCUUCUACGUUUUCAUUUCAUUUUCCUUCCAUUUUUUCUCGCGUUCUAUCGCUGCUCAUUCCACUUUCUUUCUUUCUUUCUUUCUUUCUUUCUUUCUUUCUUUCUUUCUUUCUUUCUUUCUUUCUUCUAUUCUCUCUCAUUUUUAUAUUUCAUAUUUUCUUCAUUUUCUUCUCUCUUCUUCUCUUCAUUUCCCCCCUCUUAUUCUCCAUCGUUUUGCCUUCUUUUAUUCUUAUUCCACCCUCUCUAAUUUCUUUCACUGUCUCACCUUGUACGAACCCAUCUUCCGGUUCCCCCCAUCCCACUUAUUUCCUUGCGGUUUCCCGGUUUUCCUCACCUUUCUCUUAA